AUCUUGCGCUGCAUCUGGUCACCUCUCUCCUGAGCGGCAACGACGUCUUCCUCUUCCACGUGACGCACCCCGGAACUUGGUGACGUCCCUAACAACAAAGAUGGCAGGAAUAGGAGGCAGCAACUAUUGGGAAGGUAAGAGAGACACUUUUGACACGACGUUUGGUCACCAUUAACUACAGUGACAUAUUUGUUCGUGUUUAUAAAUGGACGUUUAAUGUGCCAGUUUCAGCUGACAUCGUAUUUGACCAAAGCUUUGAAGGUUUAAAUUCAUUGCGUGUCUCUAACGACUAGCCCCUCACAAGCUAGCUAACACACCGCCUCACAAGUCAACGUUGUUCCCUAAGCUGUUAAAUCUGUGUCACACCCAGCCACUCACAAGAGGAGUCCUUUACACAGACUGUCAAACUAACCAGAUGGUUAUAAACUAAAAGAAACACCUAUUCUCUUGAGUAAUAAAGAAGUUAGCUUGUUCAGCUAACUUCAACGGUGCAGGAACAUCAAGGCUGCCUUUCCUUUCGCUUUCAAAGUGAAUGAAAAUCAGACAAAAUCUAACAUAUGAUGUUUAUGUUUACGUGACAGAUCUGCGGAAGCAGGCCAGACAGCUGGAAAAUGAGCUCGAUCUGAAGUUGGUCUCCUUCAGCAAACUGUGCACCAGCUACAGCAGCUCCAGGGAUGGACGCCGAGGAGACACGUAAGAUAAUGAUAGUCUGUGUCUGUCACACACCUCCAGAGUGAACAAUCACCCAGGGCACAAGAGUGUACAGAUCACAAUUCAUGCAUGUCAGAGUGUGUUUAGAUGUGGCAAAGCAAAGCAAAGGUAGGUUGUAAAAAACUGCAGAUAUCACAAAGCAAGUCAAACCACUUGUUUCUGUAACAGGGUUCACUCAGGUGGGAGCUGAAUUUGGAUUAUUGGGCCACACUUCUUUGGUGAUUAGUGAUUUUAGAGAUACUUGGUGGGCUUUUGAAAACAAGGUGUAGCCAUGAAUCCAUGGUGGCUGAGAACCGCCACUGCUGCAAAUAAAAAAGGAAUGCAAAUAAAACAAAAAGAAACAAUGUAAGUUACGGAUGCAGAAAAAAGAAACCAAAGCCCCCAGCAAAUAUAAAAAGAAAAAAAAAGUCACAACAGAAGUUAAUGACGCAAAAAUAAAGUGCCAAUGCAAAAAAAAAAAAAAAGUUACUGUGAAAAUAAAAGGAUGCAAAUAAAAAAGCCACAAUAGAAGUGAGCUGCCGGGGACCAAUGAUGAUAAUGCACUGGUGUUUUGACCUGAGUGGAUAUGAAGUUGAACUGGAGGAUGCUGGUGUAGUGUUAGCUUCUGUUCAACUUAAAACCGACUCAGGCGCUACAUGGCCUUACCAAAUGACAUAUUAAAAAACACACAAAAACAUUGGUGCAUUAUCAUCAUUGGUUCCCGGCAGCUCACUUCUGCUAUGGCUUUUUUUAUUUGCAUCCUUUCGUUUUCACAGUAAGUAUUUUUUUUUUUUUUUUUUGCGUCGCCACUUUAUUUUUGCGUUGUUAACCUUCGUUGUGUUUUUUAAAACUUUUUUUUAUCCGCACCGUUUCUUUUUUUAUUUGCAGCGGACUUCAGUUUCUCUUUUUUUUUUGCAUUUGUCGCUUCUGUUGUGGCCUCUUUUUUGCAUUCUUUUUUAUUUGCAGCAGUGGCGGUUCUCGGCCCCGUAUGAAUCAUCAUAAUAAAUGUUAGUGGAAAUUAAAAGUACUGCUAGAUGUAACUCAAAUGUAAUUAAAUCUCUCUCAUGUGUUUAAACAAAGGGAUGCAUGCUCAAUACCUAACCUUGAUGAAAGGAUUAUACUCUGGUACCUUUUCUUAAGUUUAUUUACAUGAUUACUUUUCUUUAUUUGAUUCAUCUAUACGGGUUUAUCACAUGUCAGUCAUCUGAUGUAAGUGUAAUUUGUUUUAAGCAAGGUGCAGGGACUAUAAAUUGGCUUCAUCCUGCACCUUUCCAGUCAUUGCAUUGGAAAAAAAUAAAGUGAAAAUGAAAAGAGAAUAUGCUACCGAGAAAAUUUAUUUAGGUAACGUCUUUGAAGAGUAAUGUUAAAGAGAAUGUUGAAGAUAAUUGUUAGUAAUUUUCUGGAUUUUAUUCAGACCUGACCAAAUUCAGAUUUUGUCAGGUCUAAGUUAAAUUGUUUACAUUGUUAAAAUCAAUGUGUUCACAAUUUCUUUCAGAAAGUAGCUCUUUGCGAUCAACUUUUGUAGCUCAAAACAUUCAGUUAAGUGAGUUUAACAAAAUAAAUCAGGACCAGUCCAUCUUUGUGGAGUAAAGAAUAGAUCUUCCACACAAUACAUUUGUCUUUGAUGUUGAACUUAAAAUAAACAAACAAACAAAAAAUGGAAGUUCAAGCAAACAACUCCAGGGCAUCUUACCAAGUGUUCUCCUUUCCUUGUUUUUCAUCUUGUAGGUCAGACACCACCCCGCUGCUAAACAACUCCACCCAGGACAGGAUGUUUGACACCAUGUCAGUGGAAAUUGAACAGCUUCUGGCCAAAGUGAGAACAUUUUAUGGGCUGGUGGUUCCUGAAAGGCCUCUAGAAAGACUGACAAAGAAAAGCACAUGAUUAAAUCAAGACUCUUGUCUGUUACUGAGAAAGGAGUAGACUUCAGGUCUCCUCUUGAUUUAUUUUGGAGCACGUAACUCUGAAAUGUUUAAGGCAUGAAUGAAGAAGUGUAAGAGUUUUAAGAGUUUGUUUUCUAUCUGUCCUCUACUCCACUCAUUUUCCAUGUCUCUGCCAGCUGACUGCAGUUAAUGACAAGAUGGCGGAGUACACCAAUGCCCCGGGAACAACGUCUAUCAACGCUGCACUUAUGCACACACUGCAGAGACAUAGAGACAUCCUACAGGUCUGCCGCCUUAAUUUGAUUGAUUAUUUACCCUUUAUUCUUCACAUAUUUUAUUUGAUAAAACCUUCACUUCAUGUUCCAGAUCCCUUAGAGCACUGUUUAAUUGCUUCAUUUCUCUCUGUCUACCUCAAAGGUCCCAUAUAAUGGUAUUAUUAGCUGUCUGCAACAAAUCCCAGUUGUCUUUUAAGCUACGUUUUGUAUCCAGUUGCAAAUAACAUCACAGAUUCAGCUUUUAUGGAGGCCUUGCAGCCUCUCAGUUUCAAACCUUAUUAUCCAACCAAGUUUACUUGGUUGUGGAGCUCUGUAAGCUUGUGAAAGAAGGACGAGACCAGGAAGAUGUUCAGAGUCUGCACUUAACUUCAUAUUAUUCUAAUAUAAUUUGUAAAAUACCAAGAUCUGCUGAUAGCAGACUCACUGAUGUUUGCGGUUGCUCUUCUGUGUUUCAUGUUCAUGUUCUGUUUCAUGUUGAACAGCAUGUCCCUGAUUGGUAAACCUAAAUGUGUUAUUCCUACGUUUUCAUGUGAACUUAAUGUAAUUGGCCCUCACUGUUGAGCAUCCUGAUGGAAGUGGUUGGUACUAACAUUAAAUAAAAAUAAGCGCUGAUUAUAGCCAGCAUAGUGUUAUUAAAAGUCAAAAAAGAAGAACCUCUUUCUUUUGGUCCUCUUGUGCUGGGACAGAAUUUGUAAAAUUUGUGUUUAGAUUUUUGCAAUCAAUGGCUGAGGAGUUAAUAUUUGAAGCUUAACCUUUGACACCCUGAUUCUGCAACACAGAAGCAAAACCACAACAGCAUCAACUCAACUCAACUCGACUUUAUUUGUAAAGCACUUUAAAGCAAACCACAGCUGAACAAAGUGCUGUACAUAAAUAGACAAAACAACACAGACAUAAAAUAUAAUUUUAAUGUUUUUAAAAACUAAUUUAAAAGCAAUAGAAACAAAUGACUAAAAACAAACCAUGAAACACUAAAACAGGAGCCGAGUCUCAUGCAGGGUUGAAAGCCAAUGGAUAAAAAUGGGUUUUGAGACGAGUUUUAAAAAUGGACAGUGUGGGGGCUUGUCUGAUUUGGAGGGGUAGCUCGUUCCAUAAUUUCGAGGCUGCAACAGAAAAAGAACUAUCCCCUCUGAGCUUCAGUUUGGACCUCGGUACCUCCAGGAUCAGCUGAUCAGCUGACCUGAGGCACCGAGCAGGGGUGUAGGGGUGGAGAAGCUCAGAGAGGUAAGAUGGAGCCGGACCAUCAUCAGAGGAAUCCUUGUUGAGUGGGAGUGGUUAUGGAUGCCUUUUAUGUAAAUUCCUCCUGUUGAUACAUCACAACAGGAGAAGAUUCAAAUAGCAUUUUUUCUGGUGGGUGGGUUACAGAAAGAAUGCAGAGGCUCGUCCACAUUCUUUAGGUUGUUAAGGUGGGGUUGAUGACUUAAGCAUUUAACUCAAAUUUUCAUCAUACGGGACCCUGAAACAUUUCUUCUUCAAAUGUUUCCUCUGCAGGAUUACACACACGAAUUCCACAAAACCAAAGGCAACUUUGUGGCCAUCCGGGAACGAGAAGACCUGCUGGGGUCUGUCAGGAAAGACAUCGAGUGAGUAUCCAGUCACAACACAUAAUGAUUGAUUUAGACAUACAGCCGAUAAACCAGCACACUUUGUGUUUACAGCCACGCAAAAAUGAUCUGUGUGGGUCAUUAUUCACUCUUAAAUGUGCACCGCCAAUGCGCAGAGCUAUUGAUAGCUUAUUGAUUGCAUCGACCUGUUAAGGGGAGAUAAAUGAGCGGGCAGAUCAAGCCCGCACUCUGGUAGUCUCGCUUGCAUGAAAGUGUACAUGACACUGCAUACAAAAUAGACAGCAAAGUCAUGUGAUGCCUUUCUAUUGUUUGAUGUUGGUGGCUGUAGAGGAACAAAAGCCGCCACACACUGUUCCCGCUGCCUCUGUGUGAUAGAUCUCUUCCCUGAGCAGGAUAGUUGAACUUUGACUUCACCUGGCAUACUCUUGAAAAAUGUUUGCCUGUAAACCUGGAAGGAUGUAUAGCCUAUUCGGCCUUGUAUUGAAAAAGAGUGUCCUCUUCGCGCUUUGGCUUGGGGGCGAGUGAGUGUAUUGAAAUGAGAAGGAGGCUCCCCCAGACCAUGACUCUUGUCGUUUUUUUAUGUAAUGGCUUAUUGAUUUGUAAGACGCAGCAGUGAGCAUACAGUGAGCACUGCAGGAUUCCUAUUGAUCCGACUCCAUCAAACUCGUAUGCAGAUGGUCUGCAGAUGCUGCAUGGAGGCCUUGCGGUCACUUUCUAUCUAAUCUUUGUCUUAUUAAGCUCACAAAAAGGCCAUUUUUUUUUCCUGCUUUGGUUGCUUAACCAUAAAAUAAACGUAUUUCUCACACACAAAAAGAAAAGAUGUACGUUACAUAUAAUUUAGUACAUUUUGUAUUUGUCCAGUCAAUAACAAAUUUUAUGGGAUACAUCUUUUUGACUCGUACAUUUUUCUAACAUUUACCCAGCAAAAGGCAUUUUUUUUAAAAUGCUGUGUUGUUUACCCUUAUGUCACUAAUUCUCUUUUGAGUUUACCUAUAAAAUGUUAUCAGUCUAGUUAAUUAUAGUCCAACAUGCUGAAUUUUAGGAAAAUGUAAUGGAGAAAAGCUGAGCAGGUGCAGCCUACAGUUAUGUGAUUUAAUGACAAUUAUCCUGAACUGUAGCUUUAAAAGAGUCAAUUAGUAACAGACACAUCCUGAAAAAACUGCUUCUCCUUCUUUCUAAUAUUGGUGCACCAAACUCCUCCCACCAAAUGAUGCACACACUUUACAUGAGCUGGGAAGCAAAUGUUGUCACCUGUAUUCACAUCAAACUCUCUUGAUUUCAACACAGAAGAACAAAGAAUAUGAUCUGGAUCAUUUUUUAACCUGAUAAAUGAAGAAAACGGAUGUUUCCUGGUAGAAUUUCUUCUUUCAUGUUACUGUAUUCUUCUUUUAAACUGCUUUAACCACAAUACCCUCAAAGCCAUCACAAUAUAAAAGUUAUUUUAAGUCAUGCUGCACGUCAGCAGUCAGAUUUGAUCUACAUGCACUAAGAAACACCCUGUGAGGUCAGCACUACAAGCCGCAGCUCACCUAGUCAUCUCAUUAACUCCCCCUGCUAAGUAGUGCCACUGACCCUUCUCACAGGCCCACUGCUGAUGAAUGUAAUGCAUUUCAAUGAGCUGAGGUGUUGACCCGGUGUUCAACCAAAUGAUGACUAAUGUGCUUGGCGGCAUCUAAUAAGGGAACCGUCUGAGCUAACAGGUAGACUGGAAUUUGUGUAAGUGCUGCUGCAGAUAGUUCACAGACACAAAGUACUGCUUUACAUAUAAAUGUUUCCACUGAAGAGCAUUGUGCCCCUACCCUUCUUGUUCAACAAAAGGUAGGACCUGAAAAUAGUUUAUUAAACGGUAGAAUUGCGUACAACAAGCCUACUUUUUUAGCACUUUGCUGACUAUGAUGCUGCAAAGAAGGAACAACAAAGAAUUGUGAGAUAGAUUUUGUAGUUGUAGAUAUUUCUUCAGCAGCUAAACUCUCUCCCUUUCUUCAGCUAGAGGGCAGUAGAGAUCUUCAGCAUGAUGGGGCCGUGGACUGUACACUUUUAUGUUCAUCACUUUUGUUUAUGCUGCGCACACGCACAAAAUCCAUACUGAUUAAAAGAACCAGAGCAUGCUGUCUCGUUUGUGCAAGCACCUCGACGAGGAAAAUGACAUUCUAUCAAACACUGUAUCAAUAUCUUUCACUUGGUCAGCAAAACAUGCCCUUGUGCACGCGUACACACACGCGCACUCACACAUGUAUGCGCACUCACUCAGCUGCAUUCUCAACAGCAGAACGGAGCAGCGCUGAGCACCUCCCUCUGCCCCUGUUUGAUUUUAAAUGUCAGCAACAAAAAUGACAGCCAGCUGGUGAUUUACAUCAGUGCCCUUUUAAAAAGCCCUGCUGGAGUGAUGAAGCUGGCUGUCAGGAAAUGUGGUUGUAGCCCCUCGGUAUCGCCAGCGCCACCGGUGGGGCCGCCACCUCGUGCUCAAGGCACCAAAUGAAGUAUUUCCAAGCAGUGAGUUUAGGGGGUUGAAGGAAGCGCAUUCAUUCUGAGACUUGGCACGGUUAGCUUAGCAGGGUUGGGUGCGCAUUUAACAUUCCCAGCUCCUCCCUUUUUUCAUGCUCUUUAUCUUGUUGAUGCCCAAUCAGAGAGUGGGGGAGUGGGUUAAAUGACGAGAAACCCAGGAGAGCCUUUGGAGUCAGCUGUUAGGGGCUGAAGUUGCAUCAAUCGAAAGAAAAUGGGUUUUAUAUGUUGACAGUCUGAGUGGAAUAACAACCGUCCCAUUAUCUCAGACUGCUUUGCUAAGUGUUCACUUCACCAUAGCUGUUGCAUUUCCAAACACCAGAUGCUAUGUUGCUUUUGGUCCAUGGAUGAAGCAGCGGGCCAGGACGUACAUAUUAGUCAUUUAAGGCUGGUUUGCUAAAAAGUCUGCCAUGUGUUUUUCCCCAUACCUCGAGUAAGCGUGGCGUUUUCAACUACUCUGACAGAAUAAUCAUCUCCACCCUUCCACCUGUGUUGUUGUUGUAGUAAACUGCUCUCUAAUCUUCCCCACUACCAUCAUACUGCUGCUUAUUUCCUGUGUUAAGCUACUGAUAAUGCAAACAGAUGAUUUCCUGCUGCUCAUUUCACAUUAAAAGCUUUCCAUCGGUGAACCACAAGAAGGCUUUUACUAUACAGCCCAUAAAGGGGAGCUGUGGUAGCGGUGCCAAGAGCUACGUGAUAAAGCUAGUUUCUCAGCAGUUUUGUCAGCUCUAUUAUCCAUGGAUCAGAUAAUAUAUCCUAAGGAAAAGAGGAAGUGGCCACAAUGAGGUAGUGAGAUAAAGAGAAAACCACCAGUCUUUAUAGCCGGUGUAACUUGGCAUACCUUUAAAGUCAGCUCACGCUCUUUGGAUACGAAAGAGCAGACGGACAGGUGGUGUCUAAGGGACUGCCAAAACACAAAUCCAGGUAAAGAAGGGGAAAAAGGCGGUGGUGGCAAUUCAUUUUUGACCUGCUGAUUCUUACCUGCCCUGGUUUGUACUAAGAAGAAUCACAGAGGCAGAUUUGAUGCAAAGAUCUACAAUCCAUGUCAGCGUAAACUGUCAGUUGACUGUCAGUGAAGUGUCAGCUUGUUGUAGGGGAAUCUCCAGGCGUCAUUUGAAGGUAUCCUGGGCACUGCUAGAAGGAGUGGAUAUCUAUUUAUUUAGAGAACUGGAUUACCUGAACUCUUAUAAUUGCUCUUUGUAAACACUGGUUAUACAAACAACGUAUAAUGUAAAUGUAUUCAUAGCCAUAGUGUUUUUAACUUGUUCAUUUUUUCCUCUUUUUCAGGUCGUAUAAGAGCGGCUCUGGGGUCAACAACAGAAGAACAGAGCUGUUUUUAAAGGAGCAUGAGCACUUGAGAAAGUGAGUUCAGCUCUCUUUUUUUUUUUUGCCACAUUUGAAGAAUUUGAAACCGUAACACAACAUUAGCAUAAUAUUAUUUUUACACAUUGAGGCUGGGAUGUUGUGAAGUAUGGAGACAAUCGCAGAUCACAUUUAUUGUGUUCCCACUUGGAUAAUUUUUAAAGACAUUUUCCACUCUGUUAAGUAAGUUGUCAACUUAAAGCUGUAAAAGUUAAGCAGACUUUUCGUGUGACACGGUAGGUCAAACCACAUUCUGCCAGCGAACCUCAUUAGCAUCCUACCAUCAUUUGGCUGACUCUCAAGAACUGCAGAACAGCAUGUGGUGGGAGAGUGUGUGAAAUCUGCGCGUGUGCACCUGGGUGUGUGCGAGGGAGAGAGAGAGAGAGAGAGAGAGAGAGAGAGAGAGAGAGAGAGAGAGAGAGAGAGAGAGAGAGAGAGAGAGAGAGAGAGAGAGAGAGAGAGAGAGAGAGAGAGAGAGAGAGAGAGAGAGAGAGAGAGAGAGAGAGAGAGAGAGAGAGAGAGAGAGAGAGAGAGAGAAGGGAUGAGGUACCCUGUGUGGAAAGAAAAAUUAAAAGUCAGCAGGGCUCACAUGCUGUACAACACAAACACACACACAAACACACAAGCCCAAAUAACCCACAAAAGAGCUUUUAACAUUGAGGAUCAUUUUAGCGAAUACAAAGCAGUCUGACUGAAUCCCUCUUUGCCUAAAUGUUUGCUUCCUGUUUGAGCCACUCAAAGGAAUAAUGCCUCAAUUAUUCCCCAUCAAAGACCUCUUUAUCCCAUUCAGACCAAGCUUUUCUGUAUGUGCUUUAAUGUAAUGUGGCCCAUGAUUGUCUCUUCAUUUCUGAAAUGAAAACUUACUAAUUGGACACAGGAGACAAACUCAACAACGACGAUUUUUGUUAUAAAACAAAAAGCGUCUGGUACAAUAAACCGCAUUAGUGCUUACUUGUUUUGUCUCGCCUUGAGUAGUAAAAGUUAUCAAAGAUUAUUUACAUGUUUGUUCCAGAUGUAAUGGUGCAUGAUGUUUACAGAAACUUAGCAGGGAUGGCGUGGAGUUGAGUUUCAGAGGAAAGAGGUCAACAUAGAGAGAUACAUAACACUACUUCGCUUCUCUUGUCAAUGAAUUAAUAAUUACAGCAGCUUCCUUUUAGUGUAGCUCCAAGAAAGAUUACAACAUACUUUUAAGCUGUUUUGUGAUAGUCAGUAGUCAGAAGCCCUGGUAGUUAAUUAGACAUAUGGUAAGUUGUGUCAGCUUUCCCCCUUUUUAAUGCCUUGGCGUGACAAAGGAGAGGGAAAACUAUUCCCAAGGGAUCAAAAGAGAAGAGCGUCUCUGUACUCAUGUGCAAAAACCAUCCGAAUUCAGUAGCGUUGAUGAAAUGAUUGCAGAAAUGUGAGCUGAGAACAGGUUUGUUACAUAGUUCAGAACUCAACCCACUUUCCCAGCAGCCAAACGCAGGUGUAUACCAAUGAAACUGAUCAGAAUCGAGAUAAUAGAAUUAUCUUGUAAAACCACAGUCCAUAUCAGAGGGCUUCCCCAGACCAUUGACAAAGAUGGGAAGGGAGGAGAAAAGAAGAUUGAAUGGAGGGAUCGCGUUACGCUUGAUUGAUCCUAUUAGAGCCAUAAAACAGGAAAGAGGGCCUGAAGAGAGAGGGCUGAAAUGUAACUAGAGCAAUCAUAUAAAGUCUUGCUGAAGAGAGGGAGGGGACACUCGACUGUGAGGAGAGAUUUGGGUUAAAACGCUGUGUUUUUCAUCGUACAUGCUCUGUUUGGAACUAGAAAGAUUUCUGAAGUGACUUCUUUGUCCACGUCUGGUGUGUCUGUGAUAUGCCGACAGCAACACUGGCUUCUGUGAGACUUCCUGAUGUACUAAGACAGAGUGUACAGACAGUAUGUGCUUUGAUUGGGUGCUAAAUGACAGCAUUUGCUGACAGUGUUGCCUCGUUCAGGUGGGGUGCAGCUUCUUUUUACUUGUGCAUUUAUAGUCUGUGAUGUUCGUUCGCAUUUCACUGUAUUUAGUUUGCCUACCUUACCAACCCCAGAAACUGAAGUUUUGAUCAUUCACUAGUUAUCUAGGUUAACUGUGUUCACAUGCUGAGUCCAACUUUGCUUAGAUAGGUGAUGUGGUGGAGGAUAGCAGCAGCUAGUCAGCAUCACUAGCCAGCAGCGUAUUCCUGUCUGCAAGUAUGUGACUUAAGUGACGGUUAAAUUUAAUUGUAAGUUGAUCCUGUUAAGCUCUUAAACCUACAAGGUCAGCUUAUCUCUGGCUUCCCUCUUUGUCUAUCCUUCAAUAUUUCUAUAUCAGUUUUUUCCAGUUCUGUGCAAUAGUGGUUGGUGUUCAUGAAUAAACUAGAGAGAGGGAUGGAAAGGUCCAUUAAGAGUUCAUGUUGGAAAAGCUGUAAUGGGAGUGGUCACUCCAACUAGACCUUCCUGUCGAACUGAGGAGUUUCCACUCAGCAGUAGUGUUGGUUUAAAGGGAGGUUAAUCCAAACCUCUCAUUUAUACACACAUGUGCAUUCAAAUGUUUUAAGGAGGUUUAGUUUCUAUCAUGAAUCUCUGGAAUAAAGGCGUCUUCUCCCAGAGCCGUCCUCAAAGUUCAUUUCAUUCAUUUUAUUUGUUUAGUUUUUUUCGAACAUGUGCGUGCAACACAAGAAAGUAAACUGAAACAAACAAAGCCAGUGAGAAUAUUCAAAACAACAAUAACAAUAGUCAAAGCAAAAAAGUAAAAAUAAAAAUAAGAAAUACUACUAAUAAUAAUGCGAACCCAACAUGUCCGAAAAGGAGUAGGAUGAAGCAUUAUGCUUUUUUUUUUAAACCUACCCCCUCUCCUCUACUCAAUAAACAGUCAGUCUCCAGCAUAUUUACAUUAUAUUAAAAAAAGAACAUAAAUAGAGUAAAUAAUUAUGUUAAUCAUUUAUGAAAACACCCGAUCAUUAGAGCCCUUCUUCCUCCCUGUACCUGAUGAGAUCCAUGUUUUUGUCCCGCUUUUUAAACUAAGUUCUCGGUUCAGCUUGGUAAGUGUAAUAUUUAAGUGUGAGUUUUUGGACCACCUUAUAUCAGUGUUUUGUCUUUGGAUAGUUAUCAAGAUAAACUCCUUUAAAAAGAUGAAUCCCAGCAUCUACCUGACACUGCUUUAAUUGUGUACAUCAACAGUGUUCUUGGUUUAAGAACAGAUUCUAGUGUAGAUUAAACUCAUUGCUUCUGCCUCUUCUAUCUCAUACCCAUCUUUGUGUAAAUCCCACAGUCAUUGUGUUAACUGUCACAAAUAUAAUCAUCUCAUUGAGCGUUGUGUUACAUGAGGUGUGUUGAGUUUGUAGCAGUGUAUUCUCAUCCAGCUCUUAACCCUGAUUUGUGUUUGCUUUUCGCUGCUGAUGCAGUUUGCCCUCUGUACCUACUGCCAAGAUAAGCACGACUGUUUCCUCGGCAGUGUAAUUAACAUCUACCUGCUUGAUUCUGUUGCAUUACAUCGCUCUAAAAGCCAGUCUGGCAGAACACCCCCCCCUCAGACGUUUGUUGUAAAGAAUCAUCUUUUUCGGACUUAUUCCUAAUGUUUAUGAAUGUACGGGGAACGCAAGGAAGCAUGUACAUGUGGGCAGGGUUGUUCAUCACAUUGGGAAAGGCAAUUAGCUUCAAGCUAAUGACGAACGAUUUAAUGACUGCAGCAAAAGACCGCCGGCCGGGAGGGGGAAACGGAAGGCACCCACUCAGAGUCGAAACCACAGAUGCACAUAUGUACAAGCGUGAAGUCACGAUCGGCUCCACUAAUACAGCCGUGUGGUUUGAUGAUGGACGCGGAGAAACAUAAAUCAUUUUGGCCCAUUUCAUCGCUGCAUAUAAAAAUCCCAUGAAUCAAAGCUCUCUUCAGCUCGCAGCCACUCUUCCUUUUUGUGCUCCUCAACACAUGAUUUAUCAGGGUGGAGACCUUUGGCAAAUGAACAGUGAGAGGUUUAUUUUCUUUGUCAGACGUUUGUCCACAGAGAUGUUUUGGAUCAGUUUAGGCUGGUAUCAUGUGGCCGUCUGGCCGCAGUAACACUCCAUUCUUAUCUCAUUUUCCCCUUUUAUUCUACAUUAGGUGCCCCCCUCCUCUGAGUGAGGGCACCGCUAGAUCAAAUGUGCCCUCUGAUCAAAUAAGAAUAAAGAGCUAAAGGAAUUUUGAAAUGACUGAAUUAGGAAAGGAAUAUGGUGCUUCUGCAUCACGACUUUAUCCUUCAGCUCCAAAAAUUAAUUCGCCUGCCAGUCUUCAUACUGGUUUUUGUGCCAGCAACAUUCUCAUUCCACUCACCCAGAUUUAUGUCAUAUCAGUGAUUCCUUUUCUGCGUGACAAAGGAAGAUAUGAUAACACAACGUACUGCCAAAUAACAGAUUGGGGCUUUUGUGCGGAGCUCUGAUCCAAGAACAAAAGGCUGUCCGGUCCACACCGUGACUGUGCGACGUCCACGGAUUGUCUGCUCAACUGGGCAAAACAUUUGUGGCACAGAGAGUCCUACGAUCCAUUGACAUUUGUUGACAUUUGUUGCCCAUUACAUUAAUGAAUAUGUACAGUUUGAAGUGAAACCUCAUAUAUAAGCAAUGAAAUGAAAACCUUAGGAUAUCAGUCGAAAUCUGAUGACAGAACCAGGUAAUAAGAUGGGGCUUUUGAGAGGGUGAAGUUUAGGAUGAUGAGGAGGAUGCUUUAGCCUUGAGAUGAAUUUCUUUGGUUGGACACCUCGGAUUCCUGAGAGCUGAACAGAAACCACGUAUUGAGCGUGACUGCGAGGGUGUGGAUGCUGUCGAAUUCAUGUCGAAAUCUGAAACACAAUCCCUGCUGUUUUGUUUGUUUGCUUUCCUUCAGUUGUUGGGAACAUUAUCCAAAUUGAUUCCAAUUAUGAAAUAACCCGCCGAGAGCAUUGUUGUUUAUGAGCAACCUGAGACACCAGACUGGUGUUACAGCAUAAAAGGUUUGUGCGUUUGUGUACACAUGUCUUCUAGUAGUCUCUGUAGUGCAAAAACAAGCAUUUGACUCUCCCACUUUGAUGAAACCGUGCCGGGAAUACAGCUCCAGUCCAGGAUCCGAAAGGUUUGCUCCUCUCGGGGUCCCAAAAAUCAGGAAUUUGAUCCCAGUCCAGCUUUAUUUGGUGUAACCUUCCUUUCUAUUAAAUGUUUUAUCUAUGACUAACUUCUGUCUUCUUCUUCUGUCCCUUCCCUCGUCUGCAGCUCGGACAGACUGAUGGACGACACAAUAAGGUUAGACUCAUUUUCUAUCCUGCAUCUACAUGAACACACGUGACAUAGAAGCAAACUUGAAACCUCCACAACACCUCUCCACCUUUCUCCUCUUCAUUGUCUUAUCCGCCUGCUCUCCUGACUCGAAGCUAUCAGUAGGUGUUCAGAAAUGAACUCUCACACGGCCCGAAUAUCUCCCGGCUUACAGACUGGGGAAUUAACAACACCGGAGCUGUAAGAAACUCAGUGAUUUAUUGGUGCUGUCAAGACGAAACACCUGACCAUAGUUUCAGAGUUUUAAUCUGUGAGCUUUCAAUUAUUUUUCUUUUCCCCCCUCUGAUGAUUACUCUGGGAGAAUUUCGAUGCAUAUCAAAGCCUCGAAGUGUUUGUGUGUGUGAUAUCUACCGGUCAUAGAACAACCUCCAUCCAUAAAUUUAAAAGCUAUGACUUGCUCAUACCCAGUUACUCAGAUAGCUCCUCCUUUGCAUUGACUUAUGGGUAGCAUCUAUUUCUCACCACUCAUUGCACUGUCUUAGACCUGAGAAAAUGUGUUUUUUUAGGAUUUACCCUUUCAUCUUUUCCCUUUUUCUCUACAGCACUUUCUGUUUUAACUUCUCCUCCCCCUGUCUAUAUAAGUUAAGGUAAAAGUUUGUCACUCCGGGUGGAAAUUUUAGUCAAAUAUCCUAACAUCGAAAAAAAAAAGUUUUAAUAUGGACGUAAUACAAUCUUCUAAAGAUGAAUAUUGUGCACAUGAUAUAAAAAGUGUUAUUAUACAUGAUUACAUUCAUUCAUGUGACACACAACAAUAUCAAAAUAUAUAUUGCACACAUACACAAAUUUUGCUUAACUUUCCACUGCCUUUAUCUUUUCAUCUUCCAACAAAUACAAAAUUGUUCAGAUCUCUUUGUGAUCUAAGUCGGUUGUAGGUUUACUAUGAUAAGAUGAUGUAAUCUGGAUCUUUUUUGACUGAAAUGAGGGUCAAAAUGCUGCGUUCCAGUUACCUCGGAAGUCAGAGCUGGGAAUGAUGUUACACCCGAGUUAACCGUUGUUAGCUGUUGUUUACAAUUGUCAGUUGUUGUUAGUCGUUGUCAGUUAUACCUGUUGUAAACAAUGCACAACACAGUAUUUUACUCUUACAAACACCAUAGCACACACAUUUAGACAUUGGGCAGUCCAACAUAUGACACGCAUUUAAUUUCACAAAAACAAAAGAGAAGUGCUAAUAAAUAAUAAAUUACGAGAGCUUUCACUGUUACUCUUUACUGUUGAUGCACUGUGCUGCCACCUUGAAUUAUGGCGUUGUCGUCAAGCUGGGGUUGGCAAAGAUCGUCCGACUUUCCGAGUCGGAAAUCCAACUUCAGGGGUCUGUUCCAGAUGAAUUUCUGACUUGGAGCUCGGAAAUCCUGACUCGCGAGUACAACUGGAACGCAGCAUAAGUCACACUAGAGCCGGACUAUGAAAAAGAGAGAAUUCUAACAAUCUGUCUGUAUCCUGAAUGUUUGAAGAUUUCAAUCGGGUUGAGUAUUGUUUAUGCUAUUCUAAGCAGCGUUGGAACGAAAAGCAGAAGAAGAAGAAAAAAAGAGACUUCACUAGGCAUGCUCUUUGACACUUUUACACACAGCAGUGUGUGCGGAGAAUCUCCAUCCUUAAGCUCGUAUUCUCAUGAGCUGGUGAACAUCCAGAUUAAAACUAGUAAGAGCAGCUGGAGUCAGCAAAGUGUUUCUUCCUGACUGAGGAGAACAUGAUCUCUCAGACAUCGCUCCCGGCCAAGACUGCAGAGUAUCAGGAGAUGCCAUGCCCUCCCACAUACAACCCUGCACCACCCUCACACCCUCUAGCUGGAACACAACAAUCUUUCUUUACUCACUUAAGUCAAAAAAACCUUUGUGAUUCCUUUACUGUUUUGCCUCACCUUCUCUGAUUGUGUCUUUGUCAUUUUUCUGUCUUUAUUCCCUGUGAUUCUCUUGUCCCACUAAACAAUUUUCACAUCACACAUGAUUCUUGAAGUGUAUCAGCACCGCUUCACUUACUUUUCUUUCUGUUUUAUUUUAAGUAUUGCCAUGGCGACCAAGGAGAAUAUGACCUCCCAGAGGGGCAUGCUGAAAUCGAUACAGAGCAGGGUCAACACAUUGGCCAGUAUCCUUUAUACCGCGUAUGUGCAUGACGCAGGAGGCUGAUGACAUUAAGUUGAAAUAUUAAAUCAUAACCACCCUUGAGAAGUGUGCACUCAUGUCCUGCUGUUCUGUGGCAAAAAAAUGUUUCAGUUCAAGUAUUGAAAGAUUUUUUUAGAUAAAGGGCUUCAGCUGUCAAAUAAAGGGGCAGGUUUAGGCUUGAUGGGAGUAACUGUAAAAAGUUUUUGUAUUGUUCAAACUGGUUACCGUGGUGGAUUUGUAUCUAAUUGGUUUAGAAAUGCAGAAUCUAAAAAUGGUGCAACUUCCCUAACUCAACCUCCCUAGACCGUUUCCCGACCAUCAACAACCUCAUCCAGCGAAUCAACCUGCGGAAGAGACGGGACUCCCUCAUCCUCGGAGCAGUCAUCGGCGUCUGCACCAUCCUCCUCCUCCUCUAUGCUUUUCACUGAAUGCCCCCGGACCUGUCAUAAUCUUUAAAGCAGCGGGAUUGAUCUGCUCUUUUGUAGCGUGGGACCCCCCCAGGAGACAAAGCUCAGUGUUUGGAGGACCCCAGAGAGACCUCCCUGAGCAGAAGGACUUUGAGAUGGUCCAGUUCUUAAACAGGAACAAACUGGACCAACGUGAACUACUGAACUUAUAUUUAGAGAUGGGAGGACUGAAAGACGGGUGAUUGGGUGCUCUUCUGCCAACACAGGAGUGAUGACCGGGAGUGCAAAUAUGACAUGAUUUUAAACAAAUUAUAUUGUUAACUCACUUUGAAUGGAAGGAAGUUUUGGAAAGACUUUGAGAAUGUGUGAUGAAUUCUAUUUUUCACAGGUGGAAGGGUUUUUAGUUGAACGGUCCUUUUUAAAUGAUGGAGUGGGAUGGAGAGUCCAUUAUGAGCUGUAAAAUGUGAAUUAAUAAAUUAUUCAUAUCGGUAUGUGCAAAAAA